UUGCCCCUCAGCUCGGUGGUUUCUCUCCAGGUGCAUUGCGGCGGAGCCACCCCCGGCCGCGCCGCCGCCUCAUUGGCCGCCGCCUCGUCGCCUUCCCCUGCUCCGCUGGUUCAGUCUUCUCCCGCGAGUCUGCCGCGAAUUUCGGCGAGGGUUUUGGGGGCGGACCAUGGGGCCGGCGGCGGGGGCUGUCAUCGAGAUCAUCUCAGACGACGAGAAGGAGGACCCUUUCUCUGCCAAGCUGACCGCCGACGCCCUCGAGUGGGCCUCCAGCCUCCUGCUCGACGACCUCACCGGAUUGGGGGAGGGUUUAGACGAUUCCGCGGUGAUACAGGAGCUGCUGUCCACCCUGGAGGGUGACAAGAAGGGCGGUGCUGCUGCCGAUGACGACGACGACGACGACUGCGUGAUCCUGGACGGCGACCCUGAAAAGCCCCUGGUCGUUGUCAAGGAGGAGAAGCCUGGGAAAGAUGGGGCAGAAGAAGAGCUGCAAGUUGUUUCAGAGAAAGGGGAGGUAGCAUGCAGGGAUUUCCCCCAUCCACGUUAUCUAUGUGCUAGAUUGCCUUUUGGAACUGUAUCUCAUGCAAAUCAUUGCACUAUGUGCCACUGUUAUGUUUGUGAUUCUCGUGCUCCAUGCCCCAGAUGGGGCAAAGGUACCUUGCCUACUGAUCAUUGCCAUGCUACCGAUAAGGAUGAAAAAUGGAAGAGACAGAGGCAAUCACACAAACGCAAGAGCGCGGCACCAACUAAGCCUGAAGGUGUCAAGAAAAUGUCUCUCUCAGGCUCAAAAACACCAUCCUCUCAGCAAUUUACAGUGCAUCAGGUAUCAGUUGCUCAACCAUAUGCACCUUUGGGGACAACUGUAAAUCAAACUUCCGCUGCAAGGUUUCCUGUUGCAAGUAAUGUCAGCCAAAAUCAACCAAGGCAUCCAUCUGUUUUCGGGACAAGUGUAAACCAACCUUUCGCCGGAAGAGUUCCUGUUGCAAGUAAUGUCAGCAAAAAUCAACAAUUUCAUCCAUCUGCUUUGAGGGCAACUGUAAACCAACCUUCCACCGGAAGAGUUCCUGUUGCAAGUAAUGUCAGCAGAAAUCAACAAUUGCAUCCAUCUGCUUUGAUGACAACUGUGAACCAACCUUCAACCGGAAGAGUUCCUGUUGCAGGUAAUGUCAGCCAAAAUCAACAAAUGAAUCCAUCUGCUUUGAGGACAACUGUGAACCAACCUUCGACCGGAAGAGUUCCUGUUGCAAAUAAUGUCAGCCAAAAUCAACAAAUGCAUCCAUCUAUUAUGGCUGCACAGAAUGCGUGGCGAGCCACCCAUCUGCAAAAAGCAUCAUCUCCUGGGCCAAAAAUCUCUGGCAAAACACCCCAAAGGCCUGGGGUUGCUCCUACAGUUUAUACACCCUCCAGUGGUUACAUUUACCCUGCUCUUCUUAACAAUUCCGCAAUGCAUCCAGCAACCCCGCGUGCAGUUCAGACAGUACAAGCGGCACCCGGAAGCAGGGGACUGCCGGGAAGUGACAUUAUUCAGGGUUUCUCCACUCAGCGUUCUCUUGCUGCGCCGGUGCAGGUUCGGCCCAUGCCACAUCUCCAGGCUGCUCCAAAUGGGUCGUUUGGUACUGCUGGACCGCAGCUUCGUCAGUGCUCCGCGCGAGUAGUUCAGGAAACACAGCGAGUAACUCAGGCAACACAAGGUGAGCAAGACGCGUCAACUAGUCAGAAGUCAUGGCAGGUUGCGCUUGCUAAUCUGGCCUCUGAUCUUGGUGUGUCUGACUACAAUGUCGACCCACCACAUAUUCAACAGCCUGUCAGCACUCAACCUCUGCAUCACAGCCAGCUACUUGCUCAACCAAAGGCAGGCCAGGAGGGUGAAACUCCGGCGGCAGCGCACAUGAGGCCUUCCAAUGGCCUUCCCGAGCAGGACAGCAAAUCUGGAGACAGUGUUGUCCCUACGCAGAAAGCUCAAGCCUUGUGGGUACUUAAUUCUGAGAGCAGUCUUGCUGCAAGUGAAACAUCUCUGAAUAGCUGUGUAGAUAAACCUGCCAUGGAAGAUUGAUCCUCUGCUGACCUAGAUUCCCGAUACCCUUCUUUGUGCUCUUACAUGUGCAAAUUACAAAUAUAUUUCAUAGCUGAGAAACUUCCUAUCCUAGGAUAGUAGAAAGGGCACUCCUUUAAGAAAGCGAAGUGCUGUAGAGUUGAGAUUUUCUGAUGUAAUGGCUUAGACACUGAAUUGAUGGUCGGAUUUUCAGUGAUUCUUUGUUGAUGAUAGUCGUUGAUGUGUUCCUUCAUAAA